UAGGUCACCACCUUAGAGUUAUAGCUGAAGAAUAUUACCUAUACCUUAUCGGAUAGUCCUGCUAAAAUCCCUGUGAGCCAGAUGGUAAGAAAGUUCCUUCCCAGCCUUGAUUUUUGGCUGUGUCUUGCCAAGUGGGUGAGCCCUGGUAAUUUCAUUUGAGCUGUGGGGAAUGCCUUGUCACACUCCCUUCCAGGACUGCUCAGGGAGGUGGGGGAGGCUGGCAAUCUCAGCCCUCUACAGCCCCCCUCUACUCACCUGGUGCAGCUGGAGGGGGAAGCUCUGAACCAUUUGCUCUCAGAGGAAGGUUGUUCUGGCCACAGGCUUGAAACAUGAGCUGUUAGGUAGUAGGAGUUGCUUUUUCCAUUCAGUGACCUUUUCUUUUUCCACCCAGGAGCUGCACUAAAGUUCAACCUCAAAACGUGAGGUGUGAGGAGCUCCUGGAGUAAGAGCAUUGUCAAAAUCACAUGGUUACAGCAGUGUUCAAGUGUUCUCUCAGAUCCUGGAAAUUCAAAUUUCUAAGUCCACGUGUUCCUAAGCCAGAGCAAACACCCUUAACAGAAGUCAACAUAAAUGUCUGGCCUGUGUUCUUCAACUCCAGAGGGCUUUUCCUACUCCACGUGCUGCUGUCAUCACUGCUGUUGCUGGGAUUUUGCCUUCCCCUCGUGCUGGCAUCCCUCCCUAUGAUGGCUACUGGUGAAGAGAUUGCUCCUGCCCUGCAGGACUCAUGGGUAGACUUCUGGCUCUUCCGUUUCUUUGUUAAUGCUGCUGGCUACGCAAGUAUCGUGGUGCCAGGAUUCCUCCUCAUCCAGUACUUUAAGAGAAGGAAUUAUCUGGAGACAGGCCGAGGCAUUUGCUUCCCUGUCAUCAAAUCCUGUGUGUUUGGCUCUGAGGUGAAGUCUGUGCACCAGGAGGAUGGCUCCCUGCCACCCCGAGCAGAGCCCACAGAGUCCUCUACAGCCCAACAGGUCUUCAAGCUGCUCUUCUGUGCUGCUGGCCUACAGGUCUCCUACCUCACAUGGGGUGUUCUCCAGGAGCGUGUGAUGACAAGAACGUAUGGUGCAACUGAAACGGACCCUGGUGAGAAGUUCAAGGAUUCCCAGUUCCUAGUGUUCAUGAACCGCAUCCUGGCCUUCACGGCAGCUGGUCUGUACUGUGCCCUGACCAAGCAGCCACGCCACGGGGCUCCUAUGUACAAAUACUCCUUUGCCUCCCUCUCCAACAUCCUCAGCAGUUGGUGUCAGUAUGAGGCACUCAAAUACAUCAGCUUCCCCACCCAAGUGCUGGCCAAGGCCUCCAAAGUGAUCCCAGUGAUGAUGAUGGGCAAACUGGUGUCGCGCAAGAGUUAUGAGUACUGGGAGUACCUGACUGCUGCCCUCAUCUCCAUGGGGAUCAGCAUGUUCCUGCUCUCCAGUGGUCCCAACAGGCACGCGUCCACCGUCACCACCUUCUCAGGUGUAGUCCUCCUGGCCGGCUACAUCAUCUUCGACAGCUUCACCUCCAACUGGCAGGAUGCCCUCUUCACCUACAAGAUGUCUCCCGUGCAGAUGAUGUUUGGUGUCAACGUCUUCUCCUGCCUUUUCACGGUGGGCUCGCUCUUGGAGCAGGGUGCCUUGCUGGAGUCGGUACGCUUCAUGGCCCGCCACUCAGAGUUCAUGGCCCAUGCUGUGCUGCUCUCGGUGUGCUCCGCCUGCGGCCAGCUCUUCAUCUUCUGCACCAUCAACCAGUUCGGGGCAGCCGUCUUCACCAUCAUCAUGACACUCCGCCAGGCCUUUGCCAUCCUCCUCUCCUGCCUCAUCUAUGGGCACUCAGUCACUGUCGUGGGCGGGCUGGGUGUAGCCGUUGUUUUCAUGGCCCUUUUCCUCCGCGUCUAUGCCCGCAGCCGCAUGAAGAAGCGCAGUAAGAAGCUCCCGCCAGGCGAGACCCCUGUACAAAAGGUCUAAGGAGCUGGGGCCAUGGCAUUUUAAGCCAUGCCUGCUGUCCUGCCUCCGCUCGAGGGUACUUGCUUGAUUUCUCAGAACCCGCUGAGGAGCAGGGUGGGGUAUGGAUAGGCUGGACCAGUGACUCACUUUUCCACCUGCUUCUUCCAGGGAAGGGGCUGGAACAAGCCCAGGAAAUGCUCUGGGCUGCCACAGCUCCAAACCUUUCCGUUUGCCUUAAUGGGUCAAAGACUUCCAGCCAAGACAAAGGCUUGGGGGCUCGCAUCCUGGGGAAAACCGGUGUGCAGCUGCUGGUACUCCUGCCCCACCUCUGUCUUGUGGCUUCUCUCCAAAGUCACCGAUGAACAAGGGAGCUCUUUCCCUGGUACUGUCUUGCCUCUGGCUAAAGCUCCUCCGUUUCUGUCACUGCUGCAGAGCUCAGCAGGAGGAAAGGGCAAGCAAAACACUAGCUUUCUGUUUAGAACACCUCUAUGUGAGGCAAGUCGUAAGCUGAGCCUAUCCCAAGAUGGGGAAGCUCUCAGCCCCCCUCCCAGGAGUACUUCAGGUAGGACAGGCCCAGCUAAGGGAUGGACCCCAGCCUGUCUUACCCCAAGCCUGGAUCUGCUCUGGGAGGGCACUGCAGUUAAGAACUGGUACCUCCCUGUUUGGUUUUACCAGUUCCUUGCCCCUGCUUUGAGACACUUUUCUUUGCUUCCCUCAGCCCAGACUGAUUUUUAUGCAGAGACUGAGGCUGGCCAGUACGGUUCCCAUGGCUUGCUGAGUUGUUCUAAGUUGCUUUUUGGUUAUAUCCGCUGCUGUCACAGGCCAAAGGCUGUGCUGCCCAGAAGCCCCAGCAUCACCUCGGGGUGUCUCAGUGCCACAGUUUCUGGGCUUUGCAGUUGCCAUUCACAGAAGCACAAACAGCCCCUCUUCUGCCUGCCAACUGGAGGUAUCGGCCCCAGCUUUCCUGGGGACUGGCCAGAGCCCCACUGUGCCCAGGGGGCCAAGAGAUGGGGCAUGCCCGCUUGUGAGCCUUGUUCCUGCUCCCCAGGCAUCAGGGGAGGGAGCAAUGAAAGCUGCUCUUCCCCAGGAGCUGGGCUUUUGCUGGUUAACCCUUUUCUCCUCAACACAACCUGACUGACAAGCCAGCAGGUUUUGGUACUUUUGAAAGGCAACUUUUUUCUCGUUAAAUUAAAACUAUGCUGCAUAUAGUGCCCUGGGGGAAAAUGUUCUGGGUUUCUUUAAAUUUUUUUUUUUCCCCCCCCAUGUACCUGGAAGGAGGGGAGACUGCCCAACCUUUCCUGUGUCCCUAGCCUCUCUGGGACAACUGAAGUUGGUUUUCCUUUCUAAAGACAGGUGCUCUGCCCUGGCAGGUAUCAGUCAAAGCUGCAAGGCCUGGUGUGAGAUCCCUGCACACAGGGCUGGGGAGUAUAGCCAGGUCAGGACCUGCUGCUUGUGUCUGCAGGCAGGUGGAGGAGCUGUUAGACUGAGUCGGGUUUGGCUCCUGGGUUCCCUGUGUCUUGCAGCUUAAGCAGCCCCAGGGGGUGUAACUACAGCCCAUGUAGCUAGAGGAGGAGCCGGGGCCACCACUGCUGUAGCACUGUAAUGGGGGAGCCCAUCCUUUACAGGGUGCCUCCCCACCACCGCAAGCUCCACAGGCCCCAUGCUACAGCCGUGGGAGGCUUGGGGUGUGGAUGGUACCUGGGGGAGGCCUGGUGGAAAACCUGGCUAGGGAGUCAAGUCUGGGAGAGGUCUGAGGUCAGAGACAAGGCCUUGGCCUCACAGCCAGAGAAAGGGGAGACCUGGGUGAACACUACAGGAGAAACAGGAGCUGCUUAUCACAGUGCUGAGUUAGCUGAGCCAGCAGCAAUAACAGAGCUGACACUGAGCACAGCCCAGGUUUCAGAGCACCUGGCUCUCCAGCAGUUUUACCUGUGUUCCUUUUCUAGCUCCAAGCCCUUGAAAGUGCCUGUGCAGCCUCACAGCCCUUCAUCCUGCCCCUACAAAUUCCCCCUAAAGGUCUGUUCUCAGCAUCUGCUGACAGCCUGAAAAUGGAUUUUUUUCUUUAGUCA